AUGCUGCCCGUGCGCACGACCUUGGUCGUAGCCUGGGCUACGGUUUUCUGGGUCGGUCGCUCGGAGGCUCUUGUGCGCGCGGCCUUGGCUCCCUCGACCAAGGCUGGCGGUGUCGGCGGCCGCACGGGUACCAACCACAUCUUUCGCUAUCCGCAACAUUGCGCAGCAGUAGCCCCUUCCAGCAGCACUUGGAGCCGCCGAAGCGCGUUGACACCUGGCCGUGCGGCUCCCCGAAGAGGAGGGUUGGAGUCGUCUUCCGCCCGUGUCAGUGUAUUGAGCAUGUCUGGUGGAGGCACCGACGGGGGGCCCGCCGGGGCGCAAGACAAGAGGAACGCCUCGUCACCGAAGGAAGGAGUAUCAAAGGGCGGGGUGGAGGGCGACAGCAAGGUUAAGGUGCCCUGGGUGUCCUGGGUGUCCCUGGCGAUGCUGCUACUGGUCUACAUCAGCAAUCAGUGGACUAGGAGUCUUGUUUACUACGUGCAGAACUUCGACGUGGCGACGACCGAAGCUACCGCCAAGGAGUUCAUGAACGUCGGCCUCGGGUUUGACGAGACUCAGUACGGGUUGCUGGCGUCCUUCAGCUUCACCCUGCUCUUCAGCACCUGCAGCCUCAUCGCCGGCCGCGCCGUAGACGUCGUCAGCCGCAAGACGGCGACCGUGGCGUCGUGCCUAGUCUGGUCCGCCAUGGCCGCGGGCACCUCCAUCGCGAACGGCUUCCCCACCGUCUUCGGGCUCAGGGUUCUGCAAGGCUCUGCCCAGGCGUUCACGACUCCGGCGGCCUACACGAUGAUCAGCGAUCUGUUCCCGGCGUCGGUUCGAGGGACAGCGAACUCCAUCUACUCGUCCGGGGUGUACUUGGGGGGAGCGUUGGCGAGCUUGUCUUUGCUGCUCAACGGCGCGAUCGGGUGGCGCGACAGCCACCUCGUGGUGGCGGCCGUAGGCGUGGCCGUCGCUGUCCUGUCGGCCCUCCUCAUCCAGGAGCCGACGAGGGAGUUCCCCACUGCCGGUGAACCCGGCGCCGGCGCGGGGGACAACACCGCCGCUAAGAGCGGCGACAAGGGUGGCGGCGGUGCGGGAGAGGAGUCGGAAGAGAGGGAAUCGUUUCAGGAGGCCCUGGGUAUCGUUUUCAAGUCCAACACGGUCAGGCUGGUGUUCCUGGCAACGGCCUUCCGGUUCUGCGCUGGCUUCGGCAUCGGGGUGUGGUGUGCCCCCUUCUUCCGAGGGCGUUUCCCGUCCAACUCUUCGGAGUACGCCGUCCUCAACGCGUUCGUCGUGGCGGGCGGGGGCCUCCUCUCGUCGUUCCUAGGGGGCGUCAUUUCGGAUAAGUACUCUGUCGAGGACCCGCGGGUGCGUGCAUGGGUGCCUAUGGCAGGGUGUAUCCUCGCCAUUCCGUGCUGGAUCGGGGUCGUCACCGGGACCAACUUCUACGUUUCGCUGGCCUUCCUGCUGGCCGAGUACAUCGCGGCGGAAUGUUGGUUCGGUGGCACGGUUACGAUACUGCAGGAAGGCCUUCCGCCCAACGUGCGAGGUGUUGGCCAAGGGGUUUUCAGCACACUGUCGGCGUUCGGAACGCUGGCGCCUCCGCUGAUGGGGUACUUGAUCCAACAGGGGGGCUUCGAGCUGCAGGACGUCCUCCUCUACACCGUGGCGGCCUUCUACGCGAUCAGCGCCCUGUUUUUCUUCUUCGUGGGGGAGUCGGUGUUGGCCGACCACAAGCGAGACGGCAAGCUGAAGGAGGCUUGAGGCAGCGCGGUAGCGUGAGCCUGCAGAGUUGGCACGUCUUCCGCGUCCCUUUCUUGAUAUUGCGGAAACGAAAACGAUACCAACAACGAAUUUCAUCUGGCGGAGGAGUACGCGGACUAUCAUUGGUCGGAAUUAAGUACGCGGACUAUCUUUACCAUGGAGAGACGCGGAGGCGACGUGGGGAGGGGUGGGGGGGGGGGGGUAGUUGGUUCAUAGUUGGUUCUAGAGGAAGUGCCAUGGCAUUAGGUGGCGUGCAUAUAAGAUGGUGAAGAACGCAGGUUGGUGUCGGAAGGGCUCAACCCUUAUCGCGGUGUCUGAUACACAUGGAAUGUUUUUGGCCUCUGUUCCCCUGUUUGAAACGAUUUCCAUCUGUCGAUACCCCAUGCUGGUGUUAUGCGCGAAGGUUCACUGAACAGAGUUUCUGUGUAGGGUUCGUCCUGUGUACCCCCCGGUUGGUGCGUCCACGUACUAUACCGAAACGCGCAGUCUUGACGUCCAGAAACACGCAGAAGUGUGUGUACCGUGCGUGUGUCAGCAGUAAGCAGGUGGUCGACAAGUCUACAAGCUACAAGCCCUUAUUGUAGGCAGUCUUGAUUCGGCACGUGUACGUGUAUCAUAUGGAUGAAUGCCGUGUCGUACGUGAUACAUACUACUCUGUAGAACAGGCUACGAUGCCUUAACUACAUGUUGCUCUGUCAGGAUGCGGCGGCAAGAGUUCUUCGCACGUGAUUCUGGGCGCGUUGUUUCCUUGCGAUGCUUGAGGCCCGCGGUAUACCACGAAACACGAUGCACACACACGUGCGUUGCACAGCAGUGGUGCGCGUUGUUCGUCGUGUUGUUUACAGCAUGGUGUUGUCAUCGCUCUGUGGUCGCUUGCGAUGGAAUCGCGUU